GUUCAGUGUCCUGAACUGAGCUGAGAAAAGCUGGAGCAUGUGGCCUGUGAAAUGGGGCCUGCUACCCGCCUUGGUUCUGAUGGCCUGCUUGGGCACCGCCUCUGCUGGGAAUGUGCUCGUCUGGCCAGCAGACAACAGCCACUGGAUCAAUCUGAAAGUGAUCAUUGAAGAGCUCACAGCCAGGGGCCACCAGGUAACUGUGCUGUGGCCCUCAUUCUUCCAGAUAAGUGUCUCCAACCAGCUGCCCUCUUUCCACCUGGAAGAGGUCACGGUUCCAUUCCCAAAAGCAGAGAUGGAUGUUUUGCUGAGCAAGUUCUUUAACCUGUCAAUGUAUGAGCAGCCUGAAAUUUCUACAUGGGAGUUUUCCUCCAAGUUUUAUCACUUAAUUGUGGACCUGUUCUCCAGGAUCAAAAUUCUCUGUGACGUGGUUGUUUUGAAUGAAAAACGAAUGAAGCAGCUGAAGUUGGCUGGCUUUGAUCUCCUCAUUGCAGACCCCCUCAUGCCUUGUGGGGAGCUGGUGGCUGAGAAGCUUCAGAUCCCAUUUGUGUAUUCCUUCCGGUUUUCUGGAGGAAACACCGCAGAGCGUCUCUGUGGGGCCCUUCCAGCCCCUCCGUCAUAUGUGCCAGCAAGCACCUCUGGACUGACAGACAGGAUGUCCUUCACAGAGAGGAUGAAAAACCUGUUCUUUUAUAGCGCCCAUGACUUGGUUGCCCAUCAACUUAUCUUCAGAGAUUGGAACCAGUACUACAGCGAUGUCCUAGGGAGGCCCACAACACUGUGUGAGACGAUGGGGAAAGCAGAGCUGUGGCUGAUCCGGACCUACUGGGACUUCGAAUUCCCUCGACCUCUCCUCCCCAAUUUCGAAUUUGUCGGGGGUCUGCACUGCCAGCCAGCCAAGCCUUUGCCUGAGGAAAUGGAAGAAUUUGUCCAGAGCUCAGGAGAUCAUGGCAUUGUGGUCUUUUCUCUGGGGUCAAUGGUUCAGAACUUAACAGAUGAGAAGAGUAAUAUGAUUGCCUUGGCACUCAGCCAAAUCCCACAAAAGGUGAUUUGGAGGUACAAAGGGAAAAGGCCGGACACAUUAGGAUCCAACACCAGGCUCUAUGACUGGAUACCACAAAAUGAUCUUCUCGGACACCCCAAGACCAAGGCCUUUAUAACACAUGGUGGAACCAAUGGGAUCUAUGAAGCCAUUUUCCAUGGGAUUCCCAUGGUUGGGAUCCCCCUGUUUGCUGACCAGUUUGAUAAUAUCGUCCACAUGAGAGCAAAGGGGAUGGCUGUGGAGCUGAACUUCCAUACCAUGACAGCCCCAGAUCUGGUGGAGGCCAUGAACGCUGCAAUUCACAAUGCCACGUACAAAGAAAAUGCCGUCAGGCUGUCUCAAAUUCACCACGACCAACCCAUGAAGCCCCUGGACAGAGCUGUCUUUUGGAUUGAGUUUGUCAUGCGCCACAAGAGCGCCAAGCACUUGAGACCAGCUGCCCAUCACUUGACCUGGUACCAGUAUCACUGCCUGGACGUCUUGGCAUUCUUGACUCUUUGCUCUGCAGUGUUCAUCUUCAGCGCUGUGAAAUGCUGCACGCUUUGUUGCCAGAAAUGUGGUAGGGUGAUUAAGAAAAGAAAGACGGAGUAAUCGGUUCAGGGGUUAGUCUGAGUCUCGGGGCACCUGGUAAUUGGCGGAGGGAUUCAACCAGCACCCUGCAGCUUCGACAGUUCUUGAUAAAGCGUGAAAACAUGUAUGGCUCCUGUAGGCCAACAGACGUGAUUUUGACACUUUCUCUGCCGUGGAAACAAAUGCUUCAUGGUGCAGCCCAAGAGUGUGCCCAUCGCUUCCACUGCACUUCAGAAUGUGUGCCUGGCCUGUCUCAGCAUGGAACAGCAAGAGAACAUUCCUUUAGCCUGCAGAGAGAUGAUCAUAGAGUUAAAGGCUGUGCUACAUUUUUAAAAAGCACCAAGAAGGGGCCACACAGAGACUCUCACUUCCUUAUAUGUCAGUUUUCUAUUUGUAGAUUUUUUUAACACAGGGAAGCAUUUUUUUUUAAAAAACCAGCUUUUCCACUUGCAGCCUGCAGUGGUCCAGUCCAUGCUCCCUCCAAGUUCUGCUACAUGGAUCCGUCCACUCAGACUUGGACAGGAAGUGGCUUCCAUGACCUGUAUUAAUUUUCAGGAACUGUGUUGGAUUUGAAUGUACAGUCUACCCGCCUGAACCAGGAUCCAUUCAUCGCAUGAGACAAAUUUGGUUGGGAAGGACCUGCGGUAAUUAAUGUUAGGCUUGUGUUCCUUUUUUAGCUUAUAAUUGGGGUCAUUCUGCAACGUUGGAAGUUCACAGCACCUCUGCCCCCUCUUUUUUUAAAAAAACCCUAUAAUAAUAUUUAGAAAUCUUUCCUUUUCUUUUAUCCAAUAAAAGGUCUGUGAUACAUUGCAGUGGAUAGUUGUUGUUCAUUAAUGAUUACCCAAUAGACAAAAGAAGUAAAAAAAUGGCAACUCACAGAGUUGUUUCUAGAUCUUUAUGGAAAGAACAGUAGUGGGGCCAGCUUUUUAACAGAAAAAGGGAACACAACCUGUGACUAGAGUUGCCAGAUAGGUCCAGCUUUUGAUCACUCCUCCCCCUCUCAGAUUACCUGCUCUUACCCCUGAGAAGCUGGAGAUAGCGAUGACAUACCUUCAGUAUGUAGCCUGGAAGUGACGUAGGCCUGGUGGGGAGGUUGGGUGGUGACUAGGGCUGCCAAGCCCCCCAUCCAGGUGGGGGUUCCCCCACCCAGGACGCUCCCAAUCAGCCAGCCCACACUAGGCUGGUGGGGGGAACCUUCUCCUACGGUGCCGGUGCGAUGACAUCACCUGAAAGUACUGUUAUUUUGCCGGCAUGCGGCAGCAACUCUAGGCAUUUCUGAGAAAACUCUAUGGUUUUCCCGGAUGCUCCAGCUAUUUGGGAGAGUAUCCCCCUCCCAAAUAGGUAGAGCGUCCAGGAAAACCAUAGAGUUUCCCCGGAAACGCCUAGAGCGGCUGCGUGCGACAUCGCCAGCUCGAUGACAUCACUUCCGCUUGUCAAGAGUCUAACCCAUAUUGUAUCCUCUUGCCAUGUAACAACAAGUAAUUGUUCUCUGAGACUGACCAUGAACCAAUAUGUAACUGUUGAGUGAAACAGCCUGCAUUUUUGCUGUUGCUUUGCUUUGCCUGCUUUGCUCAUCCCUCAGAUUGUUAACAGGAGGAGAGUGGAGGAAGAAAUAGAUAGUGCACCUGGAACAUAGCAGCAGAGGGAGGGGUUCUAGAGUUUCCCGCCAGAAUUGCCCGCCGUUUUAUGUAGUGCUUUGCUUAAAUAGAUAACGGUCGACUGAGGGUAUAUAUGAAGUGCCUCUGGGCUGGGACGUCAGUUUCAGCAAACGGUUGUAUUGCCUUAAGAUGCUUGGAAUAAAAGACUGAGCUAA